AUGGCCUCUUACCCUCUUAAAAUCCCAGUCUUAUGGCUUCCACCAUUGCUUCUGCUCUUCCUAACAUGUGUUCCUGCAACAGGAAUAAAAGUCCCAAGACUCGGUGUAGUUGGAAGAACCACCAGAGUGAGGAAUCUGGGUACAACCAAAACUUCCUCUACUUGGGACUUCAAGAAGUUUUACUACACCCAGACUCUUGACCACUUCAACUACAGGCCAGAAAGCUACAGAACCUUUCAACAAAAAUACGUGGUGAGCUUCAAGUACUGGGGUGGAGCCAAUGCUAGCGCCCCAAUCUUUGCUUACCUUGGAUAUGAGGCUCCUUUGUAUGAUCAAUCUCCUGCUACUGGGCUUAUCCUCGAUAACGCUCCCAGAUUCCAUGCUCUUGUCAUACACAUAGAGCACCGUUUCUAUGGAGAAUCCAUUCCAUUUGAGUCGAGGGAUGAAGCAUUGCGAAAUUCUAGCACCCUUGGUUACUUCAACUCAGCUCAAGCUCUAGCAGAUUAUGCAGAGAUAAUUCUAGAUUUAAAGAAAAACUUAUCUGCAGAGACCAGCCCUGUGAUUGCUGUGGGAGGAUCAUAUGGUGGAAUGCUCGCAGCAUGGUUUCGCCUGAAAUACCCACACGUCACUGUUGGAGCACUAGCUUCAUCAGCACCGAUUCUGUACUUUGAUGAUAUUACACCAGAAAACGGAUACUAUUCGAUUGUCAGCAAAGGUUUCAGAGAAUCCAGUGAGAGUUGCUACAAAACCAUAAAGCAAUCAUGGUCUGAAAUUGAUGAACUUGCCUCACAAUCCAAUGGUCUUUCGCUUCUUAGCCAGAAGUUCCAGACUUGCUCGGCUCUGAACAAGUCUUCCGAGCUGAAAGGUUACCUAGAAUAUGUAUAUACAGAUGCAGCCCAAUACAAUGCACCACCGGAAUAUCCUGUUGAUAGAAUUUGCAGUGCCAUUGAUGGGGCGUCUGAGGGUACAGACAUACUUAGCAGAAUAUUUGCAGGUGUUGUUGCUUCUAGGGUAAAUAGUUCUUGUUAUGACACUAAUGAAUACAAUUAUCCGACUGAAACAUUUGUGGGCUGGGAUUGGCAGACAUGUAGUGAGAUGGUAUUUCCCAUUGAUCAUGGUAGAGAUCCCACCAGCAUGUUCCCAGCAUCAACUUUUGUUUUGAGGGACUACAUCGAGGACUGCAAUCGUUCAUAUGGCGUCCCACCGAGGCCCCAUUGGAUCACGACUGAAUUUGGUGGCCAUGAUAUCAAAUUAGUUCUCAAAAGAUUUGCCAGCAACAUCAUAUUCUCCAAUGGACUGAGAGACCCUUAUAGCAUUGGCGGGGUGCUGCAAAACAUAUCAGACAGUGUCGUAGCGUUGGCUACUGUUAACGGGUCACAUUGCUUGGAUAUACUAUCUGAAUCGCCGAAUGAUCCAAAAUGGUUAUCCAUGCAAAGACAAUCAGAAAUUGAAAUCAUCGAGGGAUGGAUUGAGAAGUACUAUGCCGACCUUGCUGCACACCACUGAUAGGAGUUUGUUCAUUAAUCCCCAAUGGAAGGAGUUAUAUCAUCUUUCUGAGAAAACAAUAUUGGCACAAACUGCAACAAAAUAAAUGAAAUAAAAUCUAGUCAACGCAAGUCCAAUUAAUUUCC